AUGGCCGACAUUCCCAAGGGACGCAAUGUCACCGCUCCAACCCCCCAAAACACACCCGCGUCAAAUGCGCCUAUCUCUUCUCACGCUCAAGCACCCACGAUAGGUGACAUCCCUGAAGAGGAUCUUGAUCGCGCCACCGCAAGCAUAUUUGCUUCAAACCCGGCACUUGUCUCGCUCAUGCAGAAUAAGCUCUCCACACUUGUCGGCCGUUCGUCUGGAUACAUCGAGUCCUUACCUCCCGUAGUCCGUCGCCGUGUCACCGGCCUGAAAGGCAUCCAGAAAGACCACGCCAAGUUGGAGGCGGAAUUCCAAGAAGAAGUCCUGCAGCUCGAGAAAAAGUAUUUUGCGAAAUUCACCCCAUUGUAUGAGAAGCGAGCUGCCAUCGUCAAUGGAGAGACCGAGCCCACAGAGGAAGAGGUGACGGCCGGCAAGUCGGAGGAGGACGAAGAUGCCGAGCAGGAAGAGGAAAAGGACGAAACCACACCCGCAGAAGCAACCAAGGGUAUCCCAGAAUUCUGGCUCUCAGCGAUGAAGAACCAGAUUUCUCUGGCCGAGCUUAUCACGGACCGUGACGAAGAAGCGCUCCGGUCAUUGACAGACAUCCGGAUGGAGUAUCUCGACCGGCCGGGUUUCCGCCUGAUCUUUGAAUUUGCUCCUAACGACUUCUUCACGAACAAGACCAUCACCAAGACGUACUUCUACCGAGAGGAGAGCGGCUACGGCGGCGAUUUCAUCUACGAUCACGCUGAAGGAGACACCAUUGACUGGAAGGCCGGCAAGGAUCUUACCGUCCGAGUUGAGAGCAAGAAGCAGAGAAACAAGAAUACCAAGCAGACUCGAGUCAUCAAGAAGACCGUGCCUACCGAGUCCUUUUUCAACUUCUUUGCCCCACCUGCAGCCCCCACCGACGAAGACGACGUCGCAUCCGACAUCGAAGAGAGACUUGAACUUGACUAUCAGCUCGGUGAGGACAUCAAAGAGAAGCUCAUUCCUCGAGCAAUUGAUUGGUUCACUGGAGAGGCAUUGGCAUUCGAAGAAUUUGAUGAUGCCGAAGAUGCCGAGUUCGACGACGAGGAUGACGAGGAUGACGAAGACGAGGAAGAGGCCGAGUCUGAUGAGGAAGACGAAGAGGAGGGUGGUAAGCCCCGAUCUCAACAAGCCUCGGAGUGCAAGAAUCAGUAG